UGCAGCUUAGGUUGUUGUUGUCCAGGAGUCCUCUGUAGAAAUCGUUCUUUUGCUUGGAAAUCCGGACAAAUCGGAGAUUUGUCUAUCUUAUCGUUCAUUGUUGUCUGUGUGCGAUACAACUAAAUUGAAAUUUAGGCUGAUACUAUAGAACCAGUACAAGAAGUCCGUGUCGUGUAGGUGUUGCGAUUCAUCUUGCUAGUACUUUAUACGCGUUCUGAGCGAGAAGUACCCGUCGUAACAAGCGCGAUAUCUAUCCACCAAGAUGAACAACAACUACUUUGCCAGCAACUCCGCGCACAAAAGCCGGCCGCACCACGGAGGACACCAGGGUGGUCACCAGCCGUCUCACCACGGGUCUUUAUCAAAUGUAAAAAUGUCUGGGUCUGGAAACUUGUAAUGCUAAAAGUGAAUGGUAGACCGACGCACUGCAAUGCGCACGUAUGCAUGACAAACUUUUUGGCUCCCAUGUCUUACGUAUUCCACAUGGCAAACUGCGUUUUUGAAUGACAGGUAAGAGGGCCUGUUCGUGCCUAUGCAACACAGAUUCUCGAGUCGAGCCAGACACGCAUGACAAGCUUGCAUUCUUCCAGACCCAGACAUUUUUGCACUUGAUAGUCUUCGCACCACAGCAACCUCGGCGGGAGUCAGGCCUACCACCACGGCAGCCACAACAACGGACACUGGAGCAGGGGCGGUGGCGCGGGGCAUCCGUAUGCUGUGGGAGAUCUUGAUGUUUUGGGUCACUCGGGGAGGGGGAAGAUCAUGCGCAUUAUAGUACAUUGCAUUUGAUGAUACUGAAAGGGAGCUCCACUCCUGUUCAUCAUCUUCAUGCGUGUGAGUGAUAUGAUCGAUGUUUUUAUGAUGGUACAAAAGGUGAAGGCUCUAUGCGUGUUCAGCAUCACAGAUUCAUACUCGUGACUCACAAUUUCUCAUGCAUAUGCCGCAUCACAGCUACUCUUCCGGGCAGCUGGACCAGCACCACCAGUCACGAGGGCAAGACAGGUAUACAGGAUUUUUACAUAUGGAAAAUAAAGUUGUCAUGCGUUGGUUUGUCGCCAUGGCAUGAGAUGAAAUUUAUUCUGUCUUGCAUGAAUGUGGAUGUGCUGCACAAAAAGAACGACACGAUCAAACUAACAGAAAACCGCGGGGUAUGCUGGAGCAUGGGGGAUUUUUGGAUGGGUACGCUGGGAAAAAGUCGAACCGUCGCAACAGCCUGAGCCGAGACAGCGACGGGAUGGUAUAGAAAUCAAAGCCUGCGCGUCUUCUUAGAAUUGAAUGAUAUAGUGCGCGUCUUCAGGAGCAAGAAAGACAAACAUGAAGAACAAAUGUUGAACACGACUUUCAUGCAAUGCCAGUGUGCAUUAUGGAGAUGUGACUUUUUUGUUUUCGCCUCGUGGCAAUAUGCAUGACCACGACGAGCAUGAUGACGUUGACAUCAUCGGAGAUAAAAUCAAAUUUAACAGAGCAUCAGUGACGAGUACAACCGAAUGGACCGAUAUGAAACCGGAAAGCUUUACCGCUAAUAGUAAUAUCAGGUCGUCGUGGACGAGGUUUUGCAUCAAUGUUUACGUUAUUCUUGUUCGCCGUACGACUGAGGCGCCACUUGUAUGUAAGCAUCAUUUCCAGAACCGUCGCAACCUGAAAUUUCACCUUGCGCUCGUCCUGGCGGUCGUCAGGCCCAAACAUCACGCGACGCGUCAAUGCAACGAAAAUUAUGAAUGGCUAUGUACGAAUGUUUUUUAUUUUGUAGUGCUGAGAAUGAACUUGCCCGAAAGCGGAAUUGGUGGAGUAAAUGAUUAUCCAGUUUAGUUUUUCGGUUUCAUCACCGAUCUACCAGUCUAACCGCCAUCGACUGUCACACAUCGAUCCCAGAGGACUUGUAUCGCAGAAUGGAGUAUCAAGUGCAAAUAUGUCUCGGUCUGGAAAGAUGCAAGGUUUGUCAUGCUUAGCUAACAUGACUCUUAAGUCUGUCAUGCGUGUGACCCAAACCCCCCACUUUUCUCUCAUGCGGUGGAAGCUCACUUUGUCAUGCAGAAUAGACAAGACUGUAGCAACUCCAAAACUUGUCAUGCUUGGCAGUCAAUUGAGGUUUUCUCGUCUUUCUUAACCAGCAUCACAAGUCUCCAGACCCCGACAUUUUUGCAUUUGAUAUGGAGCACGAAGCGAAUUUGGACCGGGGGGUGCAUAUCCUGUUCAAAAGUAUCGUACUCGUCGUAAUCCCAUUCAUGCAUUGCAAAUUUCUUUCUCAAGUUAAAUCCGCAUUACAAAUUUUCUUUUUCAUGCUGAGGAAAUUUGUAUUGCAAUUCAUACUAGUACGAUACUUUUGCAAUGCAUAGUGCAUGUGCCAAAGAAAAAAUCCAAUGGAGACUGCGUCUUAGUGCACACGGGGGUGUACUGA